CGUGCCGGAGCCCGCACCCAGCGCUCCCCACCCCGCGCGGUGUGCGGGUGCCGGAGGGGCCGGGCCGUGGCCGCAGCUCCCGGGCCGAGCGAGGGGCAUUGGGGACAGCCCGGGCCGGCCCGGAGCGGCCCCGAGCGCUGCUGCUCCCACAGCUCCUUCCCCGGCUCCGGGAAGGGCUGAGGAAUGUCCCGCACUAACUGCAUCCAGAUGUGCCGGCUUGGCAGCCCACACAGCACCGGGGGGACAGGAUCGGCGCUAUCAAACGGGCUGUGAGUGUCUGUUCUGGACGUUCCAUCAGGGCUUUGAAGAACUGAUUGAAUGACACAGGAGAUCACCAGGAAAAGUAUGGACACUGGUGCCAGGCAGCUCAAGCACAGCUUUUAGCAGUCCAGGAACACCACAGAGACAAUGAGAGUUCGCCUCAAGGGGGAUGUGAUCUGCACCCUCCUCCUGCUGGCAGCGCUCUGCUCUUUACUCUAUUCCCAGCUAGAACAUUUAGUCCCAGCAGGAAACAAGGAGCCAGCACAGAAGAAGCCUCCAGGAGCCCCAAAAAUAUUCUCAGAUCCCCGAGCACCUCAGAGACUGAUGCCAGCAGAGGCAACAGCACCCAGACCCCAGGUCACCCCCAUCAUUAAACAAGCAGAAGUGACCAACAACAGGGUCCAAACUACAACUGCACCCCUGCCAACCGAUCCUGCCUUCGACUUCAAGCACUAUCUCCUAAACAAGGACAACAGGAACUUCAACCUCCUCGUCAACCAGCCCAGGAAAUGCCGGAAAACACCCGGAGGGCCCUUUCUGCUCAUUGCUAUCAAGUCGGUAGUUGAAGACUUCGACAGGCGUGAGAUCGUCCGGAAAACUUGGGGCAGGGAGGGCUUGGUGAACGGGGAGCAGAUCCAGAGAGUGUUCCUGCUGGGAACACCAAAGAACAGGACGGUGCUGGCGACGUGGGAGGCCCUGAUCCAGCAGGAGAGUCAGACUUACCGGGACAUUCUGCUCUGGGACUUCAUGGACACGUUCUUCAACCUGACCCUGAAGGAGAUCCACUUCCUGAGCUGGGCUGCCGAGUUCUGCCACAGCGUCAAAUUCAUCUUCAAAGGCGACGCCGACGUUUUCGUCAACGUCGAGAACAUCGUCGAUUUCCUCAAGAGGCACGACCCCGCCGAGGACCUCUUUGUGGGGGACAUCAUCUACAAUGCCCGCCCCAUCCGCGCCCGGCAGAGCAAGUACUACAUCCCAGAGACCAUGUACGGGCUCAGCAUCUACCCGGCCUACGCCGGGGGAGGGGGGUUCCUGCUGUCCGGCCGCACCGUGGGGAGGCUCUCCCGGGCCUGCAGGGAGGUGGAACUCUUCCCCAUCGACGACGUCUUUCUGGGCAUGUGCUUGCAGAGGAUCAACCUCAAGCCCGUUCUGCACGAAGGGUUCAAGACCUUCGGCAUCGUCAGGCCCUCUGCUGCCCCGCACCUGCAGACCUUCGACCCCUGCUUCUACAGGGACCUCAUGGUGGUUCACAGCCUGAAGGUCGCCGAGAUCUGGCUGAUGUGGAACCUGCUCCACAGCCCCCGUCUCUCCUGCACUCAGAAGAAGCAAGUGAAGAAGCCUUUCCAGUGGAAAAAGAAAGCUCAAAGCACAGCACGAGCCCCCCCCCUCAGAUAGUGCAGGCAGGCUGCAGCUCAGACACAGCAAACAGCUCAGAAAGGAGCCUGCACGCAGCCAAACCAACCACAGGUGUUGGAGCACACCUUAUUGCUGGGAGAACACAACGAACAGCUGCAGGAACGUGCCCAAAUUCCACAUUUGCACACACAUAUCGUGUAGGUCCUCCUCUAUUAAUGAGUCCCAAUAAUUGUAGCAAUACAUGUAAUUUAUUAUUAUUUAUUAGGAUUAUAGCAGUGCUCAGUGGGACAGUGUGCAAAAGCACAUUGAAAAAUGCAGUCCUUGGAGAUUUUUCAGCGUUGUUAGAAACGUGGGAAAUGAAGGAAGAUGCAGGUAAGGGCCCAGGCACCAGGGAGCACAGGGAUCAUUGUCAACUUGCUGCUUGACUUGGACUCAUUGACAAAUGACUGAACAGUAAAUAGGAUAAAGGACAUCAAGGCACCUCAGUGUAGGCUCAGGUGAAACCACUGCUGCCUGCUUGGCUUUCUGGAGGCCUUGUAAGAAGAGAACAACUCAGGGGUUCUGAAAUGGGGGCCUGCACGUUGCAGAUGGGCUGGAUCACAGCAAAUCAAACCAUGCUGAGGCUGGCCUGGCUGGCUGAGCAAAGGACAGGUAUGUGGAUAACUGGGAAGGAACAGAACUUCCAAAGGGCCUUUAAAGAAGGACAAGAACUUUGAGCUGAUCCCUCUAAGCCCUGACCUUCUGUUACUUCUCUCAACUCCUGCUCAAAUUUCUGCUCCACUGACACCCUCAGGACUCAGAGGGCCAGUUUUUGACUCUUGCCUGAGCUCAGGCUCUCUGCACUGUGCUGGCAUUCAGAGAAACCUCAGAAGCCAUCCAAGAGCAUCUGAUCCCUCUCACCAGUGCAGUUCAUCACAGAUCCUUUGGCCUUUGCUUUUAAGGGUAAAACCCCUCAGAGCUGCUGCUUGCGUCACAUCUGGGAGCUCCUUCAGACCAAGGAACAGCCUGUCAAGGGACUGGGCUGGUCUCUCUAGACCUCUUGCUUGGCACACAGUCAGCUGCAAAGAGCAGCCAAGACUUUUCUUGCUGCUGUGGGUGUCAUACGAGGGGGAAAAGUAGUUUUCAGACCACAGGGCUUCAGAAUAAAAGCCCAUCUAAAUUUAUGACAAGGAAUCAAAACCACACAGCAAUCUUUCUGUUGGGCUUUCCAAGGUCCAGUCAGUAACUUCUAAAGUGUUUUAAGCAUCAGACAAGAACACUGGAUUACAUACUUUUUCAAAAUAUAAUCAAUACUUUGCAUUUUGUUUUUCCCAACAGCAGACUACCUUAAAAGAAUAUCCUUUCCUUAGACAUCAGAGCAGGAAAUUCCUCUAAAUCAGGGUUAAAAAGCUAGGAAAUUCAUGGGGCAAAGAGCCUGAAUUCCCCUUUGAUACUGUGUUUGUUGGUUCUUGUGCAGUUUUUUCCCCUCCAAAGCCCUCCUCUCCAUCAGAGAACCCCCAGUGCCAUCCCUGUGGAUGGCACACAAACACAGCCUCGGAAGAAAUUACUGUCAGUCAUAAACAUCCAGGAAGCUACUGUCCCUAGAACAGAGCCUGCAGCACAGCUGCAUUUCAUCUCUGUGCAGAUUUUCCCCCUCCAGCAGCAGUUCAGGCUCAGUUCUUGUACCAGCUGUGCACACCAUGGACACAGCAAGCUGCUGGUACCCACUGCUAGAUUAUCAGCAAGUCUCACAUUUUCUUAAUCUUCAUGGUGAAUUUAAGCCUUACAGUCAUGUGUUUCCAAGGAAAGGGCAGCUGUACAGAAAUCAAGAGAUUUCUACAUUUGAGAUCUUUACAAGAUGUGAUCCUGAAAUACAAAAUGCUCGUGUGAGCUGCACUGCUAACAUGUGUGAUCCUUGUGUAUUUAUGAGCUUGUACAAGAAUGUGUUACCCGUGAUUACUUUACAGUUUGGGAAGUUAUUUAUACCAUAAUUAAAAGCCAGCAUGCAGAUGUGCCUCAAGAUGUUGGAGUGAGUCUGUCAAGAACACCUGCACACACCUUGUAAGACUGAAACCACAGGGAGUUUUCAGGAAGACAUUAGCAUGGAAAAUACAUGAUGCAUUAUUUUGGAUAACCUGGUCUUUCCUUGUGUUGGACUUAAUUUAAUGGCAAUGACAGAAAAAUAAACACAUCUUACCUUCCCAUUUCCCACAGGCAGCUGCUCAGGU